AUGCCACAGGUCAAGUGCUCAAAGACCUACAAGGUCCCUCGUCGUGCCUUUGGUGCAGAACGUCUUGAUGCCGAACUCAAGCUUGCUGGAGAGUACGGUCUUAAGAACAAACAUGAGAUUUGGCGUGUGUCGUUUACCCUCUCCAACAUUCGUCGUGCUGCUCGUGACCUUCUCAAGCUCGAUGAUAAGGAUCCUCGUCGUCUGUUUGAAGGCAAUGCCCUCAUUCGUCGUCUGAUUCGCACUGGCAUUCUUGAUGAGGAAAAGGCCAAGCUCGAUUACGUUCUUGGUCUUAGGGUUGAGGAUCUCCUUGAACGUCGUCUCCAGACUCAAGUGUUCAAACUUGGACUUGCCAAGUCCAUCCAUCACGCCCGUGUUCUCAUUCGUCAGAGACACAUCCGUGUUGGCAAGCAGAUUGUCGAUAUCCCUAGCUUUAUUGUCCGUCUUGACAGCCAGAAGCACAUUGACUUUGCUCUCACCUCACCAUAUGGUGGUGGUCGCCCAGGUCGCACCAAGAGGAAGCGUGCAAAGUCCGCCGAGGGUGCCGUUGAGGAAGAAGAAGAAGAAUAAAUUCAAAGAGCAUUAUUCUUUAAACC